UUUGUUGUUUUCAUGUAGCAGGUAACAUUUUUCUUCAACCUUGCUGACUCUGAAACAGUCACCUACGUGAAAAUAUACUUGUGAAAUGAGUACGAUUCCUUAUUAACGAUUUUGUUCAUCCCGAAAGUGGGAUUUGUUGCUUGUUACGCUUUCGGAGUCCCCGCUGAGGUGGAGGUUUGGACUAACAAAAAGAGCACUCAUGUCAUCUGCGGCAGAAACUGUGGAAAAUGCCUCUAUUAUCUCAGAGAACACUGCGCAUGAUGGAAAUCGCUUGUGGAUAGGGAACAUUGAUCCCAAGAUCACAGAAUAUCACCUAAUAAAGUUAUUGGAGAAGUUUGGCACAGUGAAGCAGUUCGACUUCCUGUUUCAUAAGUCUGGGCCUUUGGAGGGGCAGCCGCGGGGCUACUGCUUUGUCAACUUCAGCACCAGAGAGGAGGCAGAGAGAGCAAUCCAGUGUUUAAAUGGAAAACUUGCCUUGUCCAAAAAGCUUGUUGUUCGCUGGGCACACGCUCAGAAGUUUGAAGGUUUCCGUAAUGACAAGACGAUGCCUUCGAGCCUGGAACCGUCCAGCAGUGGUUCAACAGAAGCAGGAUCCAUAACCACCAACUACCUCAGCACAAGUGCUAAGAUCCGUGCCAUCGAGGCCAAGCUGCAGAUGAUGGAGCAGAACCCAGACGACACCAGUUUUUCAGGCCCGCCUGCUUACAUGUACAACAAACCGCCCGAGAAGAAGCGCUGGGAGCCCUACUCCAAAUCCCACCACAGUCACCAGGGCCGGCCCUUCCGCAGAUUUAGGAGAUGACCCGUCCUCUCCCAGAUUAUGGAGUCCUCCCUGCCCCCCCAGUCUGUACUCCUCAGCCUCCUCAUAGACUGUCAUGAUUCUAGACCCCACACGUCCUCUCUCUGGAAGACUUUAGCAGCUGAACAAAACCGUGAUGGCGGCAAAGCACUGAUCAGCUGAACGAGGGACCCACGCUGGACUGCUCUUAAGGAGUCUUUGUAUGCAGGUUAUUUAUGUAAGCCAAACUAUACACAGCUGGAGAAUUUGAUGUUCAGGUCACGUUAAUAAAUUAAAAAUAGACGAGUGGUUUUUUUGAGACUUUGAUUUUUUUCCUGCUAAAGUUUCAAGAUGUCAUUGCUUUUUAUUAGCGAAAAAAAAGAUUGAAGCCACUUAGUGUCACUUUCUGGGAGUUACUUUAAAGUGUGCGUGUUUUUUUUUUCCAUUUACAACUUUCAGUUUAUUGAAUUCAGAUUUAAGUGACUGUACAGAAUGCUGUGGAUAUAUGUUUGUUGCCUCUGACUGUUCAAUAUUUCAGCUGAAAUAAAUUGCAUCUUUAUUGUU